CAAUGAAAGCUCGGCGCACGUGACGAGCGUUCUUUACGAUGACCUCAUCUCUGGUGUGGGAUGACGUCAAAUUCAAGAUGGAUGGAAUCACGACGGCUACACGCUCAACUGAAUACUGAAAGAAAGUAGCGUCAAUUGGCUUUGAGGAAAGGCAAAAAAAUCAGAAAGCACAUCACGAUGGAGGAUCUUCUUCAUUAUGUUAAUCCAGCUCAUGGCAUAUCUCUUCUCAGUUCUUUAAAUGAGCAGCGUUUAAAAGGACAGCUUUGUGACGUUGUUUUAAUUGUUGGGGACCACAAAUUCAGAGCUCAUAGAAAUGUUCUGGCUGGCAGUAGUGAAUAUUUCCACACUUUGUUUUCCAGUAAAGACAGAGAGGCUCAUACUAUUGUGCAGUUGGACUUUUGUGAGCCAGAUGCAUUUGAAAAUGUAUUAAACUAUCUUUAUUCCUCUUCCCUUGUUGUCGAGAAGGACAACCUGGCAGCUGUUCAAGAGCUUGGAUACAGUCUUGGAAUCUCCUACCUUACUAAUAUUUUGUCCAAGAAGCCACGGCUUCCAUACCUCAGUUCUGGUAAGAAAACAGCAUUUUCUCACAAUGAAGGUGGUCCUCAACAAAGAAGUGUUAUUGUUUGUCAGAAUCGUAACAGUAAGCCCAGCACUAGUUGUCAAAAUGAGGUGCCUGCACAGAAAAUGUCUGGUACUUUGCAGGCCAGCACCAAGCCUUUGAUUGACAGAAACUGUAGAGACCUGCCAUAUGUUCCACUAAAUGAACCAAGGCACUUUUGUGAGAAAAAUGGAAACCUGCCACCCAGCACUGUUCAAGUACCUGACACUUUGAGAAACAGCAAAAAUUCCACACAAUCACCACUUUCUAAUGUUUCCCAGAAAACACAGCAAACAUCAAUGUCAUCUAAUAGGCCACAGUUAACUUCAUCUUUAUCCUUUAAUGAGUCCUACUUAAUGCAAGAUGUACAGCCAAAUUGCAGUAGGAAAAAUGAUGGCCUGAGUUCAUUACUGCAAACUAAGGCCAGCCCUGGUGCUAUAGCAAGCAAACUGGAUUCAGAAAACAAAAGCAUUGACAGAAGUGGUCCACUAGUUAAAAGUUUAUUACGCAGAUCAUUAUCAAUGGACAGUCCAGUACCUGUCUGCUCUUUAGCUCUGGAUCUGAAAUCGUCUCAUGUUCCUAAAGAGCCAGUGUUUAGUACUGGAUCUGAAAAGCUGUUAUGUAGGACCUCUCCAGAUUGUGAGUAUGUGCAAACAAAGUCCAAUAUUAUUCAAACCCUACAGCUCAGACCAGGAAUUUUUAUCAAGUCAGAGUCUGCUUCUAAUAAAACAUUAAAAGCAGAACCCAGUAGUCCACUUGCAGACCCAUCUGAUAUAAUAAGAAUCACUGUUGGAGAAAGUUUGCCAGUAAACUUCAGAGAUUUACAGGGAAGUGCAGAAGAAGGUCCCAGAACUCUCUAUAAGCAUAACCUGAAAAGAAAGUGUCGGCUGGACAACAAAAGAAGUCAGCAAAGGAAAAAGAAGGGUUCAAAUAAUGACUUUAAUAUUGAAGAAUACAAACAUAAUGUAGACGAUAAUGAUUCAGAUACAGAUGAAGACUUGCAGGUGGUAGAGUCUCGACAAAGUAGGAUGUUUAAAUGCUGGAGUUGUAUUAAAGUAUUUAGGUCAAACACUGGACUGUACCGACAUGUGAACAUGUACCACAAUCCAGAAAAACCUUAUUCAUGUGAUAUCUGCCAUAAACGUUUCCAUACCAAUUUUAAGGUCUGGACACACUGUCAGACGCAGCAUGGAAUAGUAAAGAACCCAGCACCAGUUUCAAGUUCGUAUUCUGUGUUGGAUGAUAAAUUCCAGCGGAAAUUAAUUGAUAUUGUUCGGGAGAGAGAGGUAAAGAAAGCUUUAAUGGUGAAGUUGAGACGAAGCAAGCAAAGUUGCCAGGCUCAGCAGUUUGGGCGGUGGAACCUAAGAACAAGAUCAAAGACCUAUUUUUGUAAUUACUGCGGGAAGGUAUUUCGUUUCCAUUCGCAAUUCAAGCAGCACUUAAAGAUGCACCCUGGGGAAAAAACUUUGUCUGACGAAGACUAUAUUCCAAAAGAGAAAGAACAAGCUACUAGCCCAAUUGACAGUAAAAAACAAGAAUUCUACCCCUGCCGGCUUUGCAAUGCAAAACUAACUUCUGUAUUAGAGCAAGGGGACCAUGAGAGGAUGUGCAGAAAUGCUACUGUCUGCCCAUACUGCAACCUGCGGUUUACUACUCCGGAGUUAAAAAUGGAGCAUGAAAGCCAUUGUGACUAUAAGAAGCUAACAUGUCUUGAAUGUAUGCGCACUUUUAAGUCUUCAUUUAGUAUAUGGCGUCAUCAGGUUGAGGUUCACAAUCAAAAUACAAUGACUUCCAAAGAAAAUCAGUCCCAUUCUUUGUCCAGUCAUAAUGGGGAGGUGCCAGGUAAAUUAAAGGCUCAGCCAUCAACAGUGGAAACAAAAAGUGGAAGCAGCUCUGGUGCCUCCAAAGAUGAAAUGACUUUCAGCAGUUCUUCUGAGCAGAUGCAUUUUGACUCUGAAGAUUCCUCCUAUCUUCCAGAGGAUCUUACUGUAUCCCAUAAACUUGCAUUGAAAAUUAAGGAGGAACCAAUGGAGGAUGCUGUGGAAGAUGAGUUACCAGAGUCAGGUGCUGAACCAAUAAGUAGUAUGGGAGAUGAUGAGAAAAAUGUGUGGCCAUGUGAAAAAUGUGGUAAGCUUUUUACAGUGCGCAAGCAGCUUGAGCGACACCAAGAACUUCUGUGCCACAUCAAGCCCUUUAUUUGUCAUGUUUGCAGUAAAGCUUUUCGAACAAACUUCCGCCUCUGGAGCCACUUUCAGUCUCACAUGGCUGGCACAGAAGAAAUUGGUGUAAAGGAUUCUCCUCCUCCUUCCUCCCCAUCUCCGCCAUCAUUUACAUCUGCUAUACCCUCACUUCCUCCUCCGCGAGAAUCACCUAAACAAUUCCCAACACUAGCAAAGGCCAAGGUAGUGGAGCCUGAGAAGACUGCUUCCAGUACUACUACUUCUUCCAUGAAGAAAAACAGUCCUGUAGCAUCUUCACAGGAAUCAGAUUCACUGUUUUACCAUGCACAUCCUCUCUCGGCAAUCACCUUCAAGAGGCAGUACAUGUGCAAACUCUGCCACAGGACUUUCAAGACAGCUUUCAGCCUUUGGAGCCAUGAACAGAGCCACACUAAUAUGUAAAUAUAAAUACUGACAUAAUGAUGGAAUUAUGAUAAGAUAGCUGUUAAAUGCAGCACUAGCAGGGAAGCAAGAUGUAUUUUGUGAGGAUUCAGCCUCAAAGUUACUUUGCUUGUAUUUCAGCUAUGCAGAAAGAUUUGUGGAAAACGGAGUCAAGGAGAUUCAUUAAACAUGGAUACAAUCCUGUCA